AAUUAUAUAUUAAUAAAACAAAAUAUCUUCAUAAUUAGCCAUCUUAAGGUUCCUAUCGUUCUACGCAUCUUACUCUCCUCUAUCUAACUGUUAAGAAAACUAAAUAUAGGAUCAAACCAAAAUCUAAUUUAUAAGAAUUUUUGGGAGCUAUGUUAUAGUUGUGUUGGGUCUACAGUUAUAGACUUUUAUUAACAUAUAACUGAUAUUUCUAUAUUAUAUAACUUUUUUGGUACAAUAUUAUAAAACUUUGUUUCUCUCUUCUGCUUAUAGUUUCAUUUUUAUAAUCAUAUUAAUUAAUUAAAAUAGUUUUAGAAAAUAAUAAUUUGAUACCAAAUAGUGACCAAUUAUUGGUGGAUAAAAAGUAUUUAGUUUUUGGUUAUUCGUUUGAUAUAAACUACUAUAAGAGCUUGGCUGCUCUGUUUCGAAAAAAAAAAGAGCUUGCCUGCUCAAACUAACUUCUCUUCUCUCUUACAAAAAAAAUCAAGUUCUUCCUCUUCUUUCACAUCAAGAACUCUUUCUCUAUCUUCUUGUUUCAUCUUCAACACCAAUAACGAGUAGCUUCACCUUUGAUAAUUUCUGAAGGAAAUGGAUGGCGAGGUAUCAAGAACCUGGGAGAUAACAGAAGAUUCGGAGCAGAUUGAUUUGCCACCUGGCUUUAGAUUUCACCCAACAGAUGAAGAACUCAUAAGUUACUAUCUGAGACCAAAGGUUCUAAACACCUUCUUCUCCGCUAUAGCCAUUGGUGAAGUUGAUCUCAAUAAGGUUGAACCAUGGGACUUACCAUGGAAGGCUAAGAUUGGGGAAAAAGAGUGGUACUUCUUCUGCGUAAGAGAUCGGAAAUACCCGACUGGUUUAAGGACGAACCGGGCUACUAAGGCCGGUUAUUGGAAAGCUACAGGCAAAGACAAAGAGAUCUUCAAAGAAAAAUGUAUUGUUGGUAUGAAGAAAACUUUGGUUUUCUACAAAGGAAGAGCUCCUAAAGGAGUAAAAACCAAUUGGGUCAUGCACGAAUAUCGCUUAGAAGGCAAAUAUGCAAUCGACAAUAAUCCUAAAACUGCUAAGAACGAAUGGGUUAUUAGUAGAAUUUUUCAGAAACAUGCAGAUGGUAAGAAGAUGCAUAUCUCCAGUUUAAUGAAGCUCGGUUCAGGGAUCAACCAUAUUGAACCGGUCGGUUUACCUCCCCUGAUGGAUUCUUCUCCAUACCUCAAGAGCGGAGGAGGAGACACUUUCGCCGGGUCGUUGUCUCACGUGACAUGCUUCUCCGACCAAACAACCGAGGACAAGAGUCACCUCUCCGAGUCAAGAGAUGAAUGUAACUUUACCAUGUUUGGUUCUUCAUCGACUGAUCACUUGAUGAUACCGAACAUUGGUUCUAUACUACACUCUGAUCCUAUGAUUAUGCAAGAUAAUUCUCCAAUAUUGAAGAUAAUGCUUGACAGUGAAGAAACACAGUUUAAGAAAGAUCUCCAGGAUUUCAGUACAUCGGAGAACGAAUUAACCGCGAGUUCUUGGCACGGUCACGAUAUUUCUGGUUCAGCAGCUCCGGUUGAGAUGGAUUGCUUUUGGAAUUUCUGAAUUUGGAAAGUGUAACAUAUCAAAUUGGGGGAAGACAAUUAUAGGGUAUUUUAGGGGGUUAUGGUGUUUUGGCUUUGCUCUAGGUUGUAGACUCUAGGACUUUAGGUUAUAGAAAGAUAUUGAAAGAAACUUGUAACAUUUUGUAUAAAAAAACUAGCCUGCGAAGAUUGAUUCUCUUACCAUGUACAAUAACUUACCAAAUGUACUCUUAUUUAGACAAGGCUCCAUGAUUCUCUU